ACUAAUCUAACAACAUAAUGUUGUUUUGUCAUUGCGUUGUCAUUUUGAAGUUGCUUGGCUAUCCAACUGAACUUGGUGCUCUCAUAAUUCGAAAUGAUGCUGUUAAGUUAUUGAAGAAAACCUAUUUCAGUGGAGGGACUGUUGCUGCUUCAAUCGCUGAUAUUGACUUUGUCAGAAGACGAGAAGGUGUUGAGGAGUAUUUUGAGGAUAACACCAUUUCAUUCCUUAGCAUAGCAUCAAUUCGUAAUGGAUUUAAAAUAUUGAAUUCCCUCACCACAUCUGCAAUGUGCCGGUAUGAAAAAUUUCAUUUCUAUAACAUUGCAAAGUUCAAAGAUUGUAUUAGGAUUAUUGAGUUUAUUUUCUAUUAUAUAUCUUACAUCAUUGCGAAUGUUCAUAUGAUAGCAUGUUUUCCUCAAUUAUUUCACGACUUAAUUAUUCCGUUUGUUAAUGUAUUUUCGGUUUCUAUUUCCCAUGCUUGA